CAGGUCAAACAAAUCAUGGAGGAGUCUGUAACGAGAAAGUUUGUACAUGAAGAAAGCAGCUCUAUAAUAUCUCUGUGUGCUGCAGUUGAAUGCUGUCUCCAACAUGGUCUCAAAAAAAGGGCUCUGGGUUUGUUUAAGAACAGUACCACCAUGGCAUUGCUACAAAAAGUGGCUAAGUCUUUCGAACCAGCUGCUCGACUCGUCAAGAUACUGAACGAGUUAGAAAAAAUGCAUGAUAGGUUAUUUACAACAACGGCGUCAUCGUCGUCGUCGGCAUCAUCGUUGUCAUCUAAUCAUUUAUCUCAUCUUUCGCGGAAGACCAACAGCAAGUACCUGUGGUUGAGGGUGGCCCUCUAUGAGAAGCAGCUGGCCAAGAUUGUUGACUAUCUAGUCAGGAAUAGCAGUAAAUAUUAUGAGAAGGAAGCCCUCAUUAGCGAUCCUGUCUGUGGGGCUAUACUGGCUUCGUUGCUUGUUGGACCGUGCGCUCUCGAGUUCAGUCACAUGAAGACAGUCGACCACCUAUGGACCGACCCACCAGCCAAAGAGUUAAUGCAGAGACACCGCAUACACAGCUCGACCAAUCACCAUCUGGCACAUGCUGAUUCUCCUAAACGAUUGGCUCUUCAGGUUCUUAGAAGGAAUGUCAUUGUAAGUUCAAGGACGACGCCCAUGAUAGCCAAAGAGUAUGUCGAGUCCCUUCACCAGAACAACAAGUCCACGCUGUUGUACGGGAAGAAUAAUGUCAUCAUACAGCCUGUUUGUGCUGAUGUCCGGGAAGACAUCCAGCCAAUGGCGGGCUACUUGUCGUUGCAUCAAAACAACAGCCUGAGUCUUGUUGUAAAGUGGACUCCCAACCAGCUCAUGAACAUUGGCAACAACGACAACAACAACGUUGACGGCAACAACAACGCUCCUAGUCUGGAUAGAAGCCAAUACUGGAAUUAUGCACUCGCUAUUAACCUUGAUGAUAUCGUUUAUCUGCACUGUCAUCAGCAAGCUGAUUCGGGGGGUAUUGUGGUGAUGGUGGGGCAUGAUGGAGUUCAGAGGCCCCCCAUCAGAUUGCCCCGCGGCGGACACCUGCAUGCAUUUCUAUCCUGCAUUGAGGCGGGUCUCAGUCCCCGCGGUCAUCUUGAACCACCUUUGAAUGAUAGCGUCUCAGAAGGUGUGUGCCAUUUUGCUUUGGAAGACAUUGUUACUGAUCUUUCUUAUUAUUUCGUGAUGGGAGUUUUGAUCGUUUUUUUUGCUGUCACUCAACCAGAUGAUGCCCUACCAAUGUUGAUUAAGAAAAAAAUAGGCGGAGCUUCCCACAUGCUCUCUUCUCUGAUUGGCAGCAUGACAGACGAGAUCACAUCGGCAUUCAACCAAUCACUGACUGCAGUUCGACAACUCUGCGACACUAUGACAUCUCAGAUCCUAUCCAGAGCAUUCUAUGGCUGGCUAUCACACUGUAGACAAUUGAAAACGGUACGCACUCAUUUAUCCGGUCUAGUCAACGCUACCAUCCAUCAAUCCGAGCAGCCAGCCAAUCAGAAACAGGCAGGUCUCACUAAGGAAUGCUGGAAGGAACUUACGCAAAGUGGAAAGGUUUCAGAUGAGUUGAUGCUGUACAAGCUGGUGUACUAUGGCGGGUGCGAUGGUGAUAUUAGGAAAGAGGUGUGGCCGUUCCUGCUCGAACACUACAGGAUGGACAGUACGGUUGAGGAUCGACAGAUGGUAGACGAACGAACGAAGGAUGAAUACUACAGGUUGAUGGAUGAGUGGAAGGAGGUGGAGGCUUAUUUGAAAACACAAGUUAGUAGUGAUGAGGAUGAUGAUGAUGAUUUGUAUCUGAUGAUGAUGACGAUUUCCAAACUUUCAACCGCACCAGGACAGGGAGAAGCAAAUCGUCGCCGGUACUCCGACGUCGACGACAGCCAGCUUCUGCAACAGCAGCAACAACGCCAGCAGCAGCAGCAACAACAACAACGUCAUCAAGUCACAGAUGAUGUUGUUGUCGAUGAUGGUGAUGGUUAUGUCGAAGAUGAUGAUGAUGUUGAUGAUGAUGUUGAGGAUGUUGUUUAUUCUGAUAAAUCGCAAAACGAUGCGCUGCUUGCAACAACAACACCAACAACAACAUCAUCAGCAGCACCAACAACAACAACAUCAUCAUCGUCAAUAACAACAACAGCCACUGUUGCUGUUGCUGCUACAACUACUGCAGCUGCUAAUGGCGUCGACGAUAUUGCCGCCAAAUAUACCGCCGACCUGCUGGAGAGCUUCGCGCUGAACUUGCACAGGAUAGACAAGGACGUUCACAGGUGCGACAGAAACCACGCCUACUUCGCCCAGUUGACCAAUCUCAGCAAGCUUAGAAACGUCAUGGGCACGUACGUGUGGCAGAACAUGGAGAUGGGAUACGUGCAGGGGAUGUGCGAUCUCGUUGCCCCGCUCCUAGUCAUCAUGGAUGAUGAGCCGAAGGUGUACAGUUGUUUCUGCGAGCUGAUGCAGAGGAUGUCCGCCAACUUCCCAAACGGAAGUGCCAUGGACCAACAUUUCGGGAACAUGAGGUCACUCAUCCAGAUUAUGGACCCAGAGUUAUUUGAGCACAUGCGCCAGUACGGCGACUACACUCACUUCUAUUUCUCCUACCGCUGGUUUCUCUUGGAUUUCAAAAGAGAACUCGUCUACAGCGAUAUUUUCAUGGUAUGGGAGACCAUAUGGACGGCUAAGCACAUUUGCUCCCGCCAUUUUGUUCUCUUUGUGGCACUUGCUAUGGUCGAAUACUAUCGUGACGUCAUCAUCGAUAAUCAGAUGGACUUUACUGACAUCAUCAAGUUCUUUAACGAGUUAGCAGAGAAGCACAACGCUGUGGACAUCGUGAAUAUUGCAAGAGGGUUGGUCAACAAACUGCAAGUCCUCAUUGAAAAUAAAUGA